CCCACCACCACCGCCGCCUCCACCGACGAAACACCCCACGUCGCCGCGCUCUGGAUCUACCCGAUCAAGUCAUGCCGCGGAAUCUCCGUACACAGCGCGCAGGUCGUGGCGACGGGGCUGCAGCACGAUCGGCAGUUUACUUUUGCCGUGCGCCCGGCGGGGGGUGAGGAGGGGGAGUGGACGUUCAUCACGCAGCGGCAGUACCCGCUGCUGUCGCGGGUUUCGACGGGGAUCGCGGGGGAGGAGCUGUGUGUCCGCUGGCCUGCUGGUCGGCGGUCGUGGUGGGGGUGGGGCGGGGAUAGGACAGCUGGGUUCAGUGUAGGACUCGCCCCACCCGCACCCUCCGAGCAGACGCUGACGCUGCGAGUCCGCGUGUGGAAAGACACUGUAUGCGCGUACCGCGCCCCGAUGCCCACCUCGGCGCUGUCAGCACUACACUCCUUCCUCGACAUUCCCCACGGACAGGAGCUGGCACUCUGUCGUGUCAGCGAAGUGCGCGAAGUAUUCCGCUGCGCGCCCCGCAAGGAAACGCUGGGCUGGCAGGUUGUUACGGGGUUCGCUGAUACGUAUCCAAUCCACCUCCUCUCCCUCUCCUCGAUCGCCUCCCUCGGCUCCCUUCCCGCCAUCUCCUCCACGCUCGGCCCCCUCUCCCCGACCCGCUUCCGCGCGAACCUGCACAUCGCCGGCGCCGCAGCAUUCGACGAGGACGGCUGGAAGCGCUUCUCGCUGGGCGGAUCCAUGUAUACCGCCGCCUGCCGCACUGUGCGCUGCCGCAUGCCGAACGUGGAUCCCGAGACGGGGGUCAAGCACCCGAUUGAGCCGGAUCGCACGAUGAGGGAAACUAGGUGUGUGGAUGAGGGCGCAAAGGGGAGCGCCUGUUUGGGGCUGCAGGUGCUGUGUGAACAGCGGGAGGGGGCGACGGUCAAAGUGGGGGAUCGCCUGGUGGUCACGGAGAGGGGGGCGCAUAGGUAUAUCAAG